UGCAAAAUCCUAAUGGAAGUCAAGUGAAAUACGAUCCUAAAUAUGUGUGAAAAAGGAAAAAGAAAGCCAAAAGAGCUGAGUGAUGAUGGAUGAAAAAGUCACAAAAGUCCACCGUCACCACCUCAAUUUCAGUAUCCCAUUACCAAAGAAGUUGUUUCUUUCUUUCACAAGGUUCAACAAAAGACAUUGAGUGAGUGAGUGAGUGAGUGAGAUUACAGUUGGCUUAGAAACAAACAUAAAACCUUAUCAUUAAUUUCCUCCAUAAAAUUGUUGUUUUCCUCCUUUCCUUGUGUUCGGUUGACGGUUGGCUUCUUCCUCCCUUGAUGUAAAGCGUGGCGUGGCAUGCGUACAAAACUAAAAUUUCACUAUGAUAAAUACCUCAGUUCAUAUGUUUAGUAUAAUCAUAGUACUACUUCUCUCUCGCUUUUCUAAGUUUAGUAUAAUCAGAAUACUAGUUUUUCUCAGGCAUUUCAGUAACAACGACAUGGAUGAGUUUCCAGGGACUGUGGGUACUACUGCUAGUUUGGCUUUGAGAUUAGGACAGGUUGUUUUCUCCAUUGGUUCACUACUUUUCAUGCGUAUGGAUGUUCAUUUCUAUAACGUAAUAUCUUUCUGCCUUUUGGCGACGGUCAUGGGUUUGAUGACGUCAUGGAGCUUGACACUAGCCACAGUGGAUGCAAUCUCAGUUGUUGUUAGACCCCAAGCUCAUCACUCUGGACUAAUCGCAGUUAUUGUAGUAGGAGAUUGGGUCCUGUCAUUUUUGUCGCUAGCUGCAUCGUGCUCAACAGCUAGUGUGCUAGACUUCCUGAUUCACUCUCGUACACUAACAUGCGAUGGAUACGUAUGCCUCCAGUAUCAACUCUCCGCUGUCAUGGCUUUCUUUGCUUGGUUUCUGACAUUUGCAUCAGCCCUUUUAAAUCUCUGGCAUCUUCCCAGCAUGUAAUAAUGCUCUCUCUACUGCAAUGUUGAUAUCAAUAAUAAUUUGCUGGAAAUGGGACUUUGGUCCUUGUUGUUUUAGUCAAUUAUGUUUAAGAAGGUUGUAAUCAAGUUUCAUGAA